AUGUCUUCAAGUACCCCCACGCCGCCAGAUACAAAUGGCGCCAGCUCCCACAAACGCCCUCACAGCCCAGACGCCGACUCCAAUGGCCGAGAAGGGGCCGCCGACAACAGUAACGUUCCCAAGCCGAAGCGCCUGGCAUGUAUGAUAUGCCGGAAGCGCAAGUUGAAGUGUGACGGAGUGCGGCCCAGUUGCAGCACUUGCGCCAGGCUAGGCCAUUCUUGUGCCUACGACGAGGUUCGCAGGAAAAGCGGUCCCAAGCGAGGAUAUGUCAAGGCUCUAGAGGAACGACUGAAACAAGUCGAGACCUUGCUCAAGACCCAAGACCCUCCCGCUGUGCCAGCCAACCCCUCCUCCAACAUAUCUCACAACUUGGACGCAACCGCCGCGAAUCAUAGCCGAACCACCGCUGCCCCCACCAGCUAUAGUAUUCCCAAUUCCACCCUUGGUCUCGGCGCCGAUCAUGACAUUGACCGAUGGCGCUUCAAUGGCGAGUCUCCUCAGGCUCAGAAUGCGGCUGCUCCUCCAAUGGACGAUUUCAACUUCAACUCCAACAUGUCAAUGGGCAUGGGCAACGCCGGAAGUAACUUUACCUGGGAAAUGAUUGGAUUGGGCCUCGAAGAACCUCUUCCUCCUCAGGAAACCAUUGACGAGCUCCACCAAAUUUACUUUGAAAAGGUUCAUCCGGCCCCAAACCAACGUCCACCCGUUGCGCUUCGAUAUGCCAUAUGGACCUUGUCAUGCUCAAUUACUGAAAAAUACCUCGACCUCAAAGACUUGUUUUACCAAAGAGCCCGUAAGUAUGUCGAGGCAGAUUACAUCAAAGGCUACGGCGAACACAUGAUAUCUGUAGCCCAUGCUCAGACCCAUGUGCUGCUUGCCUCGUACGAAUUUAAGAUGAUGUACUUCCCGAGGGCUUGGAUGAGCACAGGUUCUGCUAUACGCCUGUGUCAAAUGAUUGGCCUACAUCGACUUGAUGGGGCCGGAUUGGACGUCAAGCAGUGCCUCCCUCAGCCAAGGGACUGGACUGAGCGCGAGGAGAGGCGACGUACCUUUUGGAUGGCAUUCUGCGAAGAUCGCUAUGCGAGUAUUGGCACCGGGUGGCCGAUGACGGUGGACGAAAAGGAUAUCAUGACAAACCUACCAUGUACAGAGGAGUCUUUCGACAUGAGCCGACCUGAGCAGACGCAGUCUCUGCAAGACUGCAUGAGUCCGUCUGGAGCUGGCAAACUCUCCUCUUUUGGAGGCAUCGUGCUGAUGGCAUGCCUCUUUGGCCGGAACCUGAUCCACUUGCACCGACCUGAUCCUGAUGACCGAGACCACGAUCUCAACGGCGAGUUCUGGAAGCGACACCGCAACAUGGAUAACAUACUGCUCAACACUUCUCUCUGCUUGCCGUCACACCUUAAGCUUCCCAUUGGUCUGGGCAACCCCAACAUUGUGUUUACCAACAUGAGCAUCCACACGUCGACAAUUUGUCUUCAUCAAGCCGCUAUUUUCAAGGCAGACAAGAACAAGCUUCCGGCCUCAGUCAGUGCAGAAAGCAAGGUGCGCUGCAUCACAGCGGCGAACGAGAUCGCGAGCAUCAUGAGAAUGAUCUCACACAUGGACCUUUCAGCGAUGAACCCCUUUAUAUCCUUCUGUCUUUACGUUGCAGCAAGGGUAUUUGUUCAAUACCUCAAGAGUCGUCCGGACGAUAGUCAAACAGCCGACUCGCUCAGGUUCCUUCUCUCAGCCAUGAACGCACUUAAGAGAAGGAAUCCUCUCACAGAGUCAUUCCUGGUGCAGCUCGACGUCGAUCUGGAAGCCCUUGCGAUGAGGAUACCUAAACUCAAGACGGCAUUUCCCCGUAGCGGUGAAAGCCCCGGCUCGAACAGCGGCAACGGAGGCGUCAAGGGUCCCGUGUGUGAUGAUCCAGAAGGUGUUCAGGGUAUCAUGUCCUAUCGUAACGAGUGCCACUUCAUGAAGACUGUGGGUGACGACGGAAACGCUGCCAGUGCGCCGAAUAUCGUUGAACCUGGCCAGAAUAACGAAGCCGCCCCAACCUCUGCCUCGACUGGAUUCGGUGGUCAGGGCUGGUUGUCUGCAGAGCAGGCCAUGCCGUAUGGUGCAAACGGUACCAAUAACCUCCCAAUGCAUGGAAGUUCAUUGACGCCAAGCUCUGGAUCCAUGUACGACAAGUCUGGGUCAAGCAGUGGGCGUAUCACUGGGUUCGGACAGAGUGAAAGUAGUGGCGACAACAACAUAUCCGGAUCACCAGACGGUGACCAGUCCAACCGGCCAACACCAAACUCGACUUCCUCGGACCCGCGGGUGGGUAUAGCAGUCGGGCUCGAUGGGUCUGGGAGAAACUCGUUCGACGCCAAUUCGGCCACGGCACAACCGAAUACCAACCCGCGAGGUAGUGCAGACGUAAAUGCCAGCUUUUUCAAUGACGCAGGCUCUUUCGGCAUCCGCACCGGACUUACGCCAAACCAAAGGUUUUCGAUGCCUGAAACACCCGGAGCGGAUUUCGGAAUGUCGAACGGUUGGGGAGACUUGCAGGGACAAACGGGCAUGACGCCUGUUGCCGAGGGCGUACUUCGAUCACUAAUGAACAUGGGGCCAAUGGACGCGAUGGACCUUUCCUCGUGGGAUGCGACAAACUGA